AUGAAAAAAAUAGGACUUAAAAUUAGGGCACAAAAGGAUAAAUUAAAUCCUGUGUUAGGAAGCAACUCUGACCCUUCGGAAGAGUAUGAUUCAUUCCAGCAAAAUGUUUUCACUCAUCAACCAACCCAACUACACAAAUCUCAUCACUACAUUACACACCAGAAAAAAACCAGCCAACACAUCGACGAUUUAAAUUUUUAUAAUGGAAAAUUUAAUCAAAAGAGCAGAAUUGGUCCAGGGAAGGUAGUAAAUAACAGUAGGAAUCUGGUAGAAGGUGAAACACUAUCUAAGGAUGACAAUAAAACAAAAUCUAAAAUAAAGUCAAAAACAGCAUCAAUUUUACCUAGACUUUUAAAAUCUUUAUCAUUUUUAGCUGUUUUAGGGUCAAUUAAUUCAUUUUCAUUAGCAUUAGAGGAACCUUUUACUCAACACACUUCUAACCGAACGCCCUUUGAAGUAUCAUUAAUUCAAAGCAACAGCAGUUUAUCGCCUAUUCAUAAUUCUUCAACUCAAAAUUCAAGUCAUCACAACGGUUUUAGUGGUAGUACCGUUAAUAAUACCUCAUUAAUAGAGACAAGGAAUAACGUAUUAAACAGAACACUAGGUAGAUUCGGAUCAUUUUUGCAAUCAGGAUUGAUAAGCAGUAGAGCAGACAAAAAGAAGCGGUCUGGUAUGAAUAGAAGAGGCCCUAAGGGGAAGAAAGGGAAGGGAGGAGAAGACGAAGAAAAGAGGAACAAGUGGACCGAUUUCAUGGCAAAGUUUGAUAUCGCUAAGGUCCACGGUUCAGGGGUUUACGUAGAUUUGGGUGAAUCUGCCACCGUUGGCAGUUAUGACUACAGGAUGCCUAUAGGAAAAUGUCCAGUUGUAGGUAAGGCAAUCAUACUCGAGAAUGGAGCUGAUUUUUUGAGCAGCAUAACCCAUCAUGACCCCAAGGAGAGAGGGCUGGGGUUCCCUGCUACAAAAGUUGCCUCAAAUUCAUCAAAACUGGACAUGGAGAACCAGCUCUUAUCACCAAUUAGUGCUCAGGUCCUAAGGAGCUGGAAUUAUAAACACGAAUCAGAUUUAAGUAAUUGUGCUGAGUAUUCGAGAAACAUUGUUCCGGGCAGUAAUCGUAAUUCAAAGUAUCGUUACCCGUUUGUAUAUGAUGAGUCUGAGAAGCUUUGUUAUAUUUUAUAUAGUCCCAUGCAAUAUAAUCAGGGCGUAAAGUACUGUGACCAAGACUCUCCGGACGAAGGAACUAGCAGUUUAGCUUGUAUGUACCCGGAUAAGAGCAAGGAGGAUUCACACCUAUUUUACGGAACCAGCGGUCUUCACAUGGACUGGCCUGUAGUUUGCCCAGUUUACCCUAUUAGAGAUUCGAUUUUUGGAUCCUACGACGACCAAAAGGACGAAUGUGUUCCAAUUGAGCCGAUAUUUGAGGAGGAGGCUGAAGAUUAUGAGGCAUGUGCCAAGAUAAUUUUCGAGUAUUCUCCAAGUGAUGUUGAUAUUAGCACAAAUAACCAGAAGCUUUCAGACGUCGACCUUUACAAGGAGGCGAUGAAUAAUGGAAAGCUGAGCACUGCUCUUUCAAUUAUGUUUGCUCCUAGGUACUCUGAGGAUCGUCCGAUCUAUACUAAAGGUGUCGGUAUAAACUGGGCUACAUACUCCGUCGAGGAAAAGAAAUGUAACAUUCUCGACGUUGUUCCCAGCUGUCUUAUUAUAAGUAACGGCCACUAUGCCCUUACAAGUCUCAGCUCACCCAAUGAAGAGGAUGCUAUAAAUUACCCCUGCGAUAUCGUUCAGGGCAAGGGGUUUUUGAAGAACCCAAACGGUGGAAAAAAGAAUGCUCAGGAACCGCCCAAGGAACCUGAACCUGAAGAACCUAAGAAGGAGGGUGCUGAAAACAAACCCAAAGAGAAAGGUAAAUCUGAGAAAAAGAAUGAAAAAUCUAUGCCUUCAGGACCAUUCACGCCAUACACUAGCUUGAAGAAGGAGGGUUUCGAGUGCAGUAAAUACACUGUUGAGCGGGUGAACAAAAGCUGCGGCGUUUACUAUGAAUGCUCAGAAACGCCUGUAUUAUUUACCAAGAAGAAUAGGAUUUAUCUAUACAUCAUAUUGGCAGUAUCGCUUGUAGUACUGGCCGUCUUAGCCUACUUUGGAUACAGGUACUACAGUAAGAAUCACUUGAAAAAACACAAUUCCCAGAUAUAUGAAGAUGAUAACGUGAACAACUACUACAAUGAGGACUUUGAUGACGAACAAGAUCGGGAUGAAUACGCUUCGAAUGUUAGAGGUGAUCAAAUCUGGAGCAGACACACUCCAGACAGAUCUGAAGUUACUCCAGUCAGAAUCUCUAGGUUAAACCAUUAA